UAAACCUGAACAGUCAUAGAUCAUACGGGUCAAAGUCUAAACUGUUACUAAAACGAUAAUAUAGUCAUUAGUUCUACGUUUACUGUACAGAGGGACACUAUGUAUCUGUUUGUGAAAUUCAAAAGUUUUCGAAUAUAUGAGGGAUUUAUAAGUGUUUUUCGGGAAUGUUAACAAAUGUCGUUUGAAAUAAUGUAAAAGAAUUGUAGUGGAAAAAAACGAGAAUAAAGAUAUGGACACAAAAUUUGAAAAAGCAAACACUAGUAAAUUGACUAUCGACAAGAAACAUGUUCGACAUGUAGCAGUGAAAACAAAAAUUCCUCAACCAAGACGUCCUUUGUUACUUCUUCCAUACGGAAGCUUGUAUCCUAAAGAAAGAAAAGAAGAAAACUGGAAAGAAAAAUAUCAAGCAUUUCAAAGAGAAAACAGAUUACUAAGGGAGGAAAAUGCGCAGCAAAAAGAAAAGAUACUCUCGUUAGAACAAGAUCAGCGUAGAUUAUUAGUGAUUAAUCACGACUUUGUUCAACGGUUAUUUGUUCAGCCAGAUAAUUGUGAAAAUGUUCAAAUUGGAAGUCACAAUACACAAGUGGUACAUAAUCACUGCGAUGUAUCGUUGAUAAAAGAUCUCAUUAGUCAACUUGAAAACAGCAUCAAAGAGGUCAAUGAGAAACGGAAGCUGAUGGAAGUUCUUAUGCAAGAUGUUACCUCUCAGUUUAAGAAAAUGAUGGAGUAUUCUAAGAUAAGCACAAGGAGAUAUACAGCAGAUAGUGAAGGACAUAGACAGGUUAAUGACAUGCAGCAGUUAACAGAACAACUAGCAGAUACUGAAACGGCUUGUCCAGAUUGUUCACUUUCCAGAAUAUCUCAGCAAAUAACAGACUUGCAAUUAAAAUUAGAUACCUUUAAUGAGUUGUGUUCUUCCAAAAGAGUGUCGUCCACGCUAUCAUUAGAUGACAGAAAGCUAUCGAGAAACAAUAGCAAAUGUGACUGUCGAAGAAAGAUUCAUUCUGAACAUAACUUACAUAUGUAGGAAAAACCAUGCAAGUGAUUACCAGUUUUUCUUUCAUGGUUGGUCUAGUGUGUACUUUGAACCCUUAUCUUUUGUUUAAUGAACUAGUUCAAUUUUCAUGUAGUGUAAGUCAACAGUACAGAGCCUGGUCAGAUUGAAAGGAUAUAAAGCAAGCUAGCCUGGCUCUAUACUGGUAGCAAAGGCUAUUAACUUUCGGUCCCAGCAGGGUAAGGGUUAAGAAGAAAAGUUACAAUCAUUUUUGUAUUUACCUGUUUGAAUCAACAUAACUUUUGCUGCAUAAGUGAUAUUCAAGUACUCAAAUAAAAGUGAUGACACUCCAGCUGUCGUUUUGGAACAUAUAUCACAAUAUGACCAUGUCUAGAUAAAAAAAAUCAGAAUAGAGGAUUAAUCAAAAAGUUCUUGGCCCGAUGUACUUCCGGUAGUCAGUGAACCCAACUAAUGGUCUUACUUCUCAAUAUAAUCGCCCUCUACAUCAAUGCACUUUGUCCACCUGUGCUCCAACUUGUUUAAUCCUUCAAAAAAAGAACUCUCUAUUUUGUCCUCGAAGAUCUCAUUGCCGCCUCCAUGACACCUUCAUUGCUUCCAAAACGUCUACCACGAAGCUUGGUUUUCAGUUUCGGAAACAGGUAGAAGUCAGAGGGAGCCAAGUCCGGAGAAUAUGGGGAUGGGGAAGAAUUUCAAAGCCGCAGUCAGUUGCAGCAGCCAUCGCAACUUGGGAUGUGUGAGCUGGCACGUUGUCGUGAAGGAGCAGAACGACAUGAGUCAGUUUGUCCUUCUUUGUACGCGCGAUUUAUUGAUGCAGACGUCUUAAUUUGUCUGCAUAGUAUGUACCGUUUAUGGUACGACCUUGGUCAAGAAAGUCAAUCAUGAUUAUCCCCUUACUAUCCAAAGAAAUUGAAGCCAUCAUCAUUCCUGCUGAUGGCACCCCCUUGAAUUUCUUUGGAGGGGUGUGCCAGGGUGCUUCCACUGCAUGCUCCGUUGUUGUUGUUUUUUGUUGUUGUUGUUGUUGUUUUUAUUCUGGAUCGAAGUGAUGGACCCAUGUUUCAUCCUGAGUUACGAAUCGGUAGAUAAAAUUAGGUUCAUCCUCAUAGCGAGACAAAAGAUAUCUUGAAAUGUCAAGCCUGGUCCGUUUCUGGACGUCGGUUAACUGUCUGGUGACCAAUCUAAAGGACACUUUUGACAUGCCAUAGCCAUCAGUCAGAAUUGCCUGAAGUGAACCAAAGAUUAUACCCACUUCCCUAGCAAUGUUUCGCAGGUCUCGCCUUCUGUCGCACAUGACCAGAUCGUGCACAGCUUCGGCAGUUUCAUCGUUGGUGGCCUCUUUUGGCCGCCCAGGGCGCUCAUCAUCUCCAAUGCUCUCCUUGCCUCUCUUAAAUUAAGCAGCCCAUUUUUUUCACAGUACCAUGUGAAAGGGACUCCUUCCCAAGUGUAUCCACGAAGUCUUCAUGGAUUUCCUUGGUGGACAUCCCUAAUUACGACUCUGAUUUCAACUUUCUCCAUUUGGUCUAAAUGACACACCCCUCUACUGAUCAAAGUGUGUAUCGACGUAUCGUGUGUAAAUGUCAGUGUAGUGGCUAGAAGUAUAUCGAACCGAGAACUUUUUGAUCUUGCCUCUUAUACCCUUCCAACCAUUUAUGUACAUUUCUUGUUUUUCGUUUUGUCUGUUAUGUUAUUUAUAAAUCUGUUUUUAAAGGAUGUUGUAAUAUAAGGUAAUUUCAGAGGUUGUUCAUCGCUGUAUAUAAUUGAUAUUAUUAUUAUGAUAAUUAAUGAAGUUGCAUUUAGAAUGAAUGCUGCACAUUUAAAUUGAGUCUGCCAUUUUCAUAUAAUGUUGUUAUUUUAUUGAUUUUGAGUUACCAACGCUUUCCAAGAUUAGUGUAAUAAGCACAAUCACAAAUAUUUAUACCAAAUUUGUACUUAUAAUGUACACAAUAUUAAAAUAGAAAAAAAACAGAUUCCCUAAAGAAAGUCCAACACAACAAAAUUGAAAAUGUUGCAGGCUUAAGCCUAAAUUAUUUUUGAAAUGUAUCUUUGAAUUUACUCACGUUGAAUGCAAUAUUUCAUAUGAAAGUUAUCGAUUAAUUGCUAAUGAGUUCGGAUUAUUGAUGUAUUUAUUUUUCAAAGAUUUUUGGUGUUGUUCUUUUAUUUCUUAUAAUUAUUAUUGUAACCUAGCAAUGUCGGUCAGUAAAAUGUGUUCUGUUUUUCAUGACUUUGUUGGGUUUCAUGUUACUUUACAUUUGCAAUUGAUUUCUUAAUAUGUAUAUUUUAGAUUGGUAAAUGCACAUCAUGUUGGCGAGAUUUGUUCAUGUAUUCAUGUCUUUCAGAAUGACCUACCUCUUUGUUUUCUGUAUACACGUGACCAUGAUGUUUAAUUGUUACUUGUGUAUGAUUGAUACAAAGAUAAAUAUUAAUUUGAAACAUU